CGGGCGGGGCUGGCCAUCCAGCUGGCUCGGACCCUCGCGGGGCGGGCUGUGGACAGUGCGGCGGAGCUAAGAAGCCGGCCCGCGGCCGAGAAGAAAGGUGGCGGCGGCGGCGGCGGCGCGGGCCGGACGAGGCGGCGGCUCCUAGCGGUGACUCUCUGCUCCCCCGCCCAGGCCCGGGCGUGAGUCGGAGGCGGCGGCUAAGGAAGGACCCAGCAUGGCAGAGACCCCGUCGCCGCCCAGCGCCGGAGCGGAAAGUUACCGCGAAGAGCCGGCGAGGGGCGGGGGGCGGCCGCUGGAGGAGCCGCACCGCGCUCCAGCCGGGGGCGCGGAUCGAGAGGGCGAGGCGGGACCGCCGCUGGCCUCCCCCGCCGGGCAGUCGGAACCCGACUCGCCUGUAGCCGCCCCCUUCUUCCUGCUCUACCCCGGCAAUGGAGGCGCCGGCUUCCCAGCGCGCCCGCCGCAGCAGCGCGUUUGGAGGACCCCGCCGUCGCCGGGCUCCCCGCUGCCAUUCCUGCUGCUGAGCUACCCGAGCGGCGGCGGCGGUGGCGGCGGCAAACACAAAGGAAAACGUUGCCUGGUCCCACGCCAUCUUCAUGAUCAGAUCACACAGGCUGCCAUGGAGACCAUCUACCUUUGCAAAUUCCGAGUGUCCAUGGAUGGAGAAUGGCUCUGCCUGCGAGAGCUGGAUGACAUCUCACUUACACCUGACCCAGAACCUACCCAUGAAGAUCCUAAUUAUCUCAUGGCUAACGAACGCAUGAACCUGAUGAACAUGGCCAAGCUGAGUAUCAAGGGCUUGAUUGAAUCAGCUCUCAACCUGGGGAGAACUCUGGACUCCGACUACGCACCUCUCCAGCAAUUCUUUGUGGUGAUGGAGCACUGCUUGAAACAUGGCUUGAAAACCAAGAAAACUUUCCUUGGACAAAAUAAAUCCUUCUGGGGGCCUCUAGAGCUGGUAGAAAAGCUUGUUCCGGAAGCUGCAGAGAUAACAGCAAGUGUUAAAGAUCUUCCAGGACUUAAGACGCCGGUAGGCAGAGGAAGAGCCUGGCUUCGUUUGGCAUUAAUGCAAAAGAAACUCUCAGAAUAUAUGAAAGCCUUGAUCAAUAAGAAGGAACUCCUCAGUGAAUUCUAUGAACCCAAUGCCCUCAUGAUGGAAGAAGAAGGAGCCAUAAUUGCUGGUCUGUUGGUGGGUCUGAAUGUCAUUGAUGCCAACUUCUGUAUGAAAGGAGAAGAUUUGGAUUCUCAGGUUGGAGUUAUAGAUUUUUCAAUGUAUCUCAAGGAUGGAAACAGCAGUAAAGGUAGUGAAGGAGAUGGUCAAAUUACUGCAAUUCUGGACCAGAAGAACUAUGUAGAAGAGCUCAACAGACAUCUGAAUGCUACUGUAAACAACCUUCAGGCAAAAGUGGAUGCAUUAGAAAAAUCCAACACGAAACUGACAGAGGAGCUUGCAGUUGCAAACAACAGGAUUAUUACCUUGCAAGAAGAAAUGGAACGAGUUAAAGAGGAGAGCUCCUACAUACUGGAAUCCAAUCGGAAGGGUCCUAAGCAAGACAGAACUUCAGAAGGGCAAGCACUGAGUGAAGCAAGAAAGCAUUUAAAGGAGGAGACACAAUUACGACUGGAUGUUGAAAAAGAGCUGGAGAUACAGAUUGGCAUGAGACAGGAGAUGGAAUUGGCCAUGAAGAUGCUGGAGAAGGAUGUCUGUGAGAAGCAGGAUGCCCUGGUGUCUCUACGGCAGCAGCUGGAUGAUCUCAGGGCUCUCAAGCAUGAACUUGCCUUUAAGCUGCAGAGUUCAGACUUAGGAGUAAAACAGAAAAGUGAACUAAAUAGUCGCUUGGAAGAGAAAACUAAUCAGAUGGCUGCGACCAUUAAACAACUGGAACAAAGAUUGCGCCAGGCUGAGCGAGGCCGCCAGUCUGCCGAGUUGGACAACCGGCUCUUCAAGCAGGACUUUGGAGACAAGAUCAACAGUCUGCAGCUGCAAGUGGAGGAGCUCACCAGGCAGCGGAACCAGCUUGAGUUAGAACUGAAACAGGAGAGAGAGAGAAGGUUACAGAACAACAGGAACGUCCCAGCAAAGGGUUCACAGAAGACCGAACCCAAAACGGAUGGGAAGCACAAAAUUCAAGAGGAAAAUGUUAACCUAAAAAAGCCCUUGGAAGAAAGCCACAGGCUGCAGUCCCACCCCAUGGAUCAACAGGAUCAACCUCUGCUCUCUGAAAAGCCACAGGUGUGUCAGCUAUGCCAGGAAGAUGAUGGCAGCGUAAAAAAGAAUGUGUGUGAGAAUUGCAAAGGAACCUUCUGCAAUGCCUGUUCAACAAAUGAACUGCCUCUUCCCUCAAGUAUCAAGCCUGAGCGAGUUUGCAAUCCCUGCCACAAGCAUCUGAUGAAGCAAUAUUCCACCAGCCCAUCAUAAGACAGGAGGCCAAGGCCUGGACCAGAACUUUCAUGCAGGGCCAGUCUCUACCUGUGCUAGAUGUCACGAUCCCCUAGAGCCCAGUCCUUAGAAUCAACUAAAGGGUUCAUAGAGAGGAAUUAUUUACAGACCCCAGGUCCAGGGAGAAAAGGCAGUGGUUGGGGAUGCUGGAGAUUUUGCUCGUUUUUCCUAAUUACUGUAAGAAUAAAAGUUAGUCUUCUAAAUCUAAAUAACCCCACUUUGAAGGAUUUACUAUAUAGCAUAUUUUUGAAAGGGCUGUUCAUUUUUAUGAAUAGUGAUAAUAUGGGGGUAGACAUAAUAGAAGAGAGUGGUCCAAGCAGUUGAGAAUAAAAAGGAAACUGAAUCAUCUCCCUCUUACAUUUGCAUAUUCAGAGGGGAAAGAUAAAUGCUGAGAUCAAAAUGACAGAUACUACAGAUUUUCCCAGGUGCUGCUAGACAUAAACAUUAUUUCCUCUUCACCCCCCACUAACUACCUCUUCAUCUCUACCAAACUGUGAACCCAAACUCAGGGGGAAAAAAAAAGAUAAAAGUAAUAUAAAUUCUGAGUGUACUUGAAACGAUAUUGUAAUAUAAUUUCAGGGCCAGGUUUCUGGUAUUGGCCUACAAAUGUUUUCAUUAUCAAAACAAAAAGGCAUUUGCAAUUCUUCUACUUAAUGACUUCAAAAGUGUAAGUAUCUGCCCUUUUCAGAAUCUCCUACCACAAAGCAAGCCAUCUCUCCUCCCAAAGUCAUAAAGGAAAUUUUAAGGGGUUUUCAAGAUAGGGUUUGACUUGCAGAUAGGGAGUAUUGAUGAGGACAAAGCUAGUUCACGUAUAGAGUAAAACAAAUUUAAUUUGUCCAUGCUGAGAACAAUUAGCUCAGAAAUAUUUGUUUUAAUAUAAGGAAUCUCUUACGUUCUGAGUGAAAAAUUAGAGUUGGUAGACAGGUUUCUUGGAAAGGGCCAUACUCAAACAUCUCUUAGUAAGAAACCCUUUGGGGGAAAGAGGGGAAGUGCAAGGGAAGGAAAGAAACGGACUGUACUAUUUUGAUUAUGUAGCAUGUGUCUAGACCGAUACCAAUUAAGACCGAAGAGAUACAAAUCUGCAACUGGCUUAGAAUUCUGGGGUGGAAACAUCCUGGAACUGAGGUUGUUUGAUAAAUCCUGUCUCCUGGGAAGGGUUACAGCCUGGGAAAGAGUUGUUAUUCCAAAAGUCUGGCCUGUUACUUGGUGAAGCUGAGGCUUAAGAGUCCUAGGAACAAAUAAAAUUUUGUAAUUGUAGCUUUGUCGUCUUUUUUCCCCUUUAAAUAUUUUUUUGCGCUUCUUUAUUCUCAUUUUUUGGCCAACUGCAUGUACCUGUACUAUUCUAGGUAUUAAAGAUAACAGCAACAAAAAUGGACAAAAUGGGAAUUAUCCUAACGUACCAAAAAUUAUUGUAUAAUUAAUUUUGAUUUAAACUAAAAAGAGGCAGCUCUGUAACAUGGAAUGUAAGGAAGAAUAAUAGUCACUUGAGAUUUUAUUGGAGCCCUAGCGGUGCAAUAGUUAAGAGCUAUUGCUGCCAACCAAAAGGUCAGCUGUUCGAAGACACCAGCCAUUCCUUGGAAACCCUAUAGGGCAGUUCUGCUCUGUCCUAUAGGGUAGCUAUGUAUUGGAAUCAACUUGAUGACAACACGUUUGGGUUUUUUUGAGAUUUUAUUUAGAUUUGCACACAAAGCCCCAAAGAUCUAUCAUUAUUAGUGCAGCUGCCCACAAAAGCAAAGGACCAAGUCAUGAAUACCUUAGCUUAAUGAUACAGCUGCUUUAAAACUGCUUUCCAGGUGGAUACAGAAAUAAUUACAGAUAUGUAUUGGAAACAUGGGUUAGUACACAUACAUAUAACUGUCCACUGAGAGAAGGUAAAAGCAGUGACAUUGCCUUACCAACACCCAGGUCUUUAUUUCUACUAUCAUUCUCCAAUAAAAGGAAGCAAGGCUCCUUGGCAAAAUGGCUGAUUCUCAGUUUGGGGCACAUUGUAGUGACAGAAGGAAGUGAUCUAAAAA